AUGCCCGCAGUCCCGAGUGAUAUCAAGCCCCUGUUGGAGAAGAAAGCGACCUUCGAGCAGGGUGUAGAACGCUUGAAGGAUCUACUGCCCACCUCGGGCGGAUCGGUGGUCGAUGAUCCGGCCUAUUCAGUGCUCCUUGCACGCGUCCACACCCUCCUCCAGAGCCGGUACAACUCCACCGCUUUCUGGGCGCGGGCACAGACUCUUUACCGCGCCGCGCUCGCGUCGGACAGGAGUGGGAACCUCGCCACCCAGCUGAGGGGGUACCUGGCGUCCUGUGCUGCGCACCUGGAGGACGAACCGGGCACAGCGACACUGGCUGCGGCGCCCCCGCCAUUUUCCUUCCAGGGCUUGCUGUCCCAUGCUGAGCCUGCAGCAGGGCCGGAAUCAAGUCCACAGAGUGCAGCGGCGCUCGAGGCUCUAAUGGCGCACCUGCAGCAGAUGCAGAAUGGGGCCCUGGGCGCCACCGUGGAGGGCCCGGAGCCACACCUCUUGGAUGCGGACCUCUUGCAGGCCCUGGAGGACAGCAUGGCUGACGUGCCGCGCGGCGCGCCCCCUACCAGCGCAACUGUGGUGCAGUCCCUGCCCAAGGAGGUCCUGACGCCAUCACGCUUGGUCGAGCUGGGCGGCGCCGGCACCCGUUGCCCUGUGUGCAUGGAGGAGCUGGAGGUGGAAGACACGGUGCAGGCCUUGCCGCACGAACUGCCAACCGAUGAUGCUCGGUACGAGAGGGAGCGGCAGGAAGCUGAAGACCAGAAAGGGGCCGCCAACGCCGUCAGUCACUCGGAGUUCAUGUACUUGUAG